GGCAGUAAUCUUCCAGUAAAUUAUCUAUCAUCCUGAGUGACGCAAAACUGAAGAAGAAGCAGUAAAAACAUAAUCCGUGAGGGAGACUGAAACCGGUGUAAUGAAAUAUUAUUUUCGGUAACAGGAGUUUUCCCCAAAAACGAUGACACAUUUUCGCGGUCAGAUCCGGGGUCCACACUGGGGUCCCACUAUGGACAACAUGCUGAUAGAUUUCUGGCGCAAACAUGAGUGCCUUUUUAAUUCCUCGGUGGAUUCUUACUACGACAAGGACCUGAAGACCAAGCUAUGGACCGAGUUCGCGAUGUCCAUCGGAAAGCCCGUAUCUGACGUUGAGAGAAGAUCCAGAUCGCUGCGGACUCAGUAUGGGAGGGUGUUAUGGCAUCCGGAGAGGGUCAGCACCGCCCAGCAAAAGAUGCUCCGAGAGAAACUGGAUUUCUUGAGGCCAUACAUCGUCCGCAGGCGAGGUGAAUCAUAUCUGGAGGACAAGUUUGAUGAUCGGGAGGAGGAUGAGGAGGAGCUGGAGACUGAAGGAAGUGUUGACCAGGAGAUGGGGAGCUCAUUUGAUAGCCCACUGGAUGUGACAGAGCUAGAUCCAGAUGAUGAACGCGACCCGUCCUCCAGCCUGAACCCCCAGCACUGUCCGAACCCGCCGCCUCAAGUCACAGAUGACAUGUCUUUGAGCUGUCCUCAUGACAGCGGUUCUGCUGAUCAACCAGCUGCAGCAAGCACAUCCAAACACAGCAUACUCAACCAGUUUGUAGAGGUCAUGUUGGCGGAUAUGCGUCAGAUUAAAGACCCUAUGGUGCUAAUGAGACUCCGCCGAGACAUCACCGACCUGGUGUUCAAAGCAGUGGAGGAGGACAUCGAGAGACGAUGCUCCCGAGCUCCAUCUAUAUCCACUCCAGGGGAGAGCACACAGUUACACAGCUGCUCCGGGCCCCAAACUCAGGCGCCUUCACAAACACACCCCAGCUGGAGGCAGAGGUUUUUAAAGAGAAAGAACAAAGGGUGUGAGGGAGUAAGGAUACAGAGAUGGGAGGAGAUGAAGCACAUGAGGAGGAUGUCCAGGAGUCAGUUCUUACAGCCCGUCCAACAAGGCCAAGCAGUGGAGGGGACGAGUGAAAACAGCUCUCUAGUUUUGAUUCCGGCUUCUGAGAUCAAAAGAGAAUCGGAGCCACACAUGGUGAAGAUAGAGGAGGAGAUGCUUCCAUCGGUUUGACAUUUUAGAUACAGGGUUCUCGCUCAGUACGUUUACAUGCACAGUUUAGUGUAGCUACAGGUUAUAGCUCAUUUAGCAAAUUUAAUUUGACAAUUGUCCUUGUCCUAGUAUACAAGCACUGGGGGAGAAUCAAUUUAUUGACGGAAGCUUAUCCGACUGUGCAGGUGGAGAUAUGCCCUCUUUCAGCUAAAUGCUAUACAACUAUAUUAUUUAUACUAGUUUUAAGCAACUUAUAAAUCAUUAUCAGUUAACGUGUACGCUAUAUUUAGUAUAUUUUCAUGGCUUUACCUUCCUGUAUAAAAGCUCUUAUCAACAGGUAUUUGAAGCCGUAAUAUCAAAAGAACCAGACUCCACUGAGAAAAACAUUUUACUCCACUGAAGGACAGAGCUGCUGCUCUACCCCUG